GUACUGUCACAGUGCUGCUAUAUUUAAGACGGUGCAGGCUCCAGGAUCACAUUUUUCUCCCAGUCGCCGCUGAGCCAAGGGCAAGAAGAGACCCAGGACCCUCUCACCCCCUGGAAUCUUCUCCCCAGAGACUCCUAAGUGGGCAAGCUGCUUCUGUGGUUGCUCUUGUAGCUAUGACUCUGCCCCACAACCCCGGAAGUGUGGGGGACCCUCAGCCCCGCCAGGCCAUGGAGGUCCACAGGCUGGAACACCGGCAGGAGGAGGAGCAGAAGGAGCAGCGGGAGCAUAGCCUGCACAUGGGCUCCUCUGUGCGGAGGCGGACCUUCCGCAGCAGUGAGGAAGAGUACCAGUUCACGGCCGCCGACUAUGCCCUCGCUGCAGCCCUGGCUCUGACAGCCUCCUCCGAAUUGUCUUGGGAAGCCCAGCUGAGACGCCAGACCUCCACCGUGGAGCUGGAGGAGCGCGGGCAGAAGUGGGUGGGCUUCGGCAAUGACUGGGAAAAGACCGAGAUUGCUUUCCUGCGGACACACCGGAUGCUGCGCCAGAGGUGUGACCGGAAGGCGCUGAGACGGCGGAUGGAGGAGAAGGUCCAGGAGACCAAGGAGCUAAGGGAGCUGUGCUCAGGCCGGGGGCCAUGGUUCUGGAUACCUCUGCGCUCCCACGCUGUCUGGGAGCACGCCAAUGUCCUGCUGACCUGCACCAUCUAUGGCUCACCACCACCCCAGAUCACCUGGUACAAAAAUGACAUGCGAAUCGAUCCUCGCCUCUUUCCUGCUGGGAAGUACCGGAUCACCAACAACUACGGGCUGUUGACCCUGGAGAUUAGAAGAUGUACCCUUGAGGACUCAGCCACCUACACCGUGAGGGUGAAGAAUGCCUUCGGCCAAGCCUCCUCCUUCGCCAAAGUCCUCGUCCGCACUUACCUGGGGAAGGAUGCUGGCUUCGAUUCAGAGAUCUUUAAACGAUCGAUGUUUGGCCCUAAAGUGGAAUUCACAUCAAUGCUGAAGCCAAUCUUUGCCCGUGAGAAGGAGCCCUUCUGUCUGUCCUGCUUUUUUUCUGAAGAUGUGUUAGACGCUGAGCAGAACAUCCAGUGGUUCCAAGAUGGGAAGCUGCUGAGGUCCUUAGGUCGACGACAGGUUCUCUAUGAAAACUGCCAGGCGUCCCUGAAGGUGUUCUGCACCUACAAGGAGGAUGAGGGGCUCUACACAAUCCGGGUAUCCUCACCCCGUGGACCCCAGGAGCAGAGCACCUAUGUGCUUGUGAGAGAUGCUGCACCUGAAAAUCCAGGGGCCCCAGGGGCCCCACUGAAUGUUCAGUGCCUGGAUGUGGACAGGGACUGCCUCAUUCUGACCUGGGCCCCACCCAGUGACACCCGGGGCAGCCCCAUCACUGCCUACUCCAUCGAGAGGUGCCAGGGUGACUCCAAGGAAUGGGUGCCCUGCCAUGAGGCCCCUGGAGGGACCUGUCGGUGCCCAAUCCAAGGCCUUGUCGAAGGCCAGAGCUAUCGGUUCCGGGUGAGAGCCAUCAAUAGGGCAGGCAGGAGCCUCCCCUCCAAGGCCUCGGAAGCUGUUGUCAUGGGUGACCGUGAUGCAGCCCAGAGGAAGACAGAGAUCCCCUUUGAUCUGGGAAACAAGAUCACAGUCAGCAUGGACGACUUUGAAGAUGCUGUGACCAUCCCCUCACCCCCAACCAAUGUCCACGCCAGCGAGAUUCGAGAGGCCUACGCGGUUCUGGCUUGGGAGGAGCCGAAACCCCGGGGCAAAGCCCCACUGACCUAUUCCCUGGAGAAGUCAGUCAUAGGAAGUGGCAUCUGGGAGGCCAUCCACUCAGAAAGCCCUGUGAAAUCUCCGAGAUUCGCCCUUAUGGAUCUGGAGAAAGGGAAGUCGUAUGUCUUCAGAGUGCGGGCAAUGAACCAGUAUGGUCUGAGCGAUCCCUCGGAGCCCAGCGAGCCUAUCGCCCUGAAGGGCAAGCCAGCUACCCUCCCCCCUCCAGCUCAAGUUCAAGCUCUCCGAGACACACAGACCUCUGUCUCCCUGAUCUGGGAUCCUGUGAAAGGCGGCCCAGAGCUCCUGGGUUAUUAUAUCUACUCCCGGGAGGCAGGAUCAUCUGAGUGGCAAACAGUUAACAACAAACCCAUCCAGGACAACAAGUUCACGGUUCCUGGGCUGAAGACGGGGAAAGAGUAUGAGUUUUGUGUCAGGUCGGUCAGCGAGGCCGGGGUAGGUGAGAGCUCAGCCGCCACAGAACCCAUCAGGGUGAAACAGGCCCUGGCUACCCCAUCCGCCCCAUAUGACUUUGCUCUCCUGAACUGCGGGAAGAAUGAAAUGGUCAUCGGGUGGAAACCCCCCAGGCGUCGUGGAGGUGGCAAAAUCUUGGGCUACUUCCUGGACCAGCACGACUCUGAGGAGCUGGACUGGCACGCGGUCAACCAGCAGCCGGUCCCCACCCGGGUCUGCAAGGUCAGUGACCUUCGAGAAGGCCACUUCUAUGAGUUCCGUGCCCGAGCAGUAAACUGGGCAGGGGUUGGCGAGCUGUCAGCACCCAGCAGCCUGUUUGAGUGCAAGGAGUGGACGAUGCCCCAACCAGGUCCCCCAUAUGACGUGCGGGCAACCGAGGUGCGGGCCACCUCCCUGAUGCUACAGUGGGAGCCCCCGCUCUACACGGGGGCUGGGCCGGUCACAGGUUACCAUAUCAGCUUCCAUGAGGAAGGCUCUAAGCAGUGGAAGCCAGUCACUUCAGACCCCAUCUCUGGCACCCACCUAAGGGUUUCUGACUUGCAGCCAGGAAAGAGUUACGUGUUCCAGGUGCAGGCCAUGAACUCAGCAGGUCUGGGGCAGCCGUCUCUGCCCACCGAUCCUGUGCUCCUGCAGGACAAGCCAGAAGCCCGGGAGAUUGAGGUCGGUGUGGACGAAGAGGGCUUUAUCUACUUGGCUUUCGAAGCCCCGGAAGCUCCUGACUCCUCAGAGUUUCAGUGGUCCAAAGACUACAAGGGUCCACCAGACCCCCAGAGGGUCAAGAUUGAGGAUAAAGAUAACAAGUCCAAGGUCAUCCUGAAGGAACCUGGCCUUGAGGACUUGGGCACCUACUCAGUGGUGGUGACUGAUGCUGAUGAAGACAUCUCAGCAAGCCACACGCUGACUGAGGAAGAGCUAGAGAAGCUGAAGAAGUUGAGUCAGGAGAUCAGAAACCCAGUGAUCAAACUCAUCUCCGGCUGGAACGUUGACAUCCUUGAGCGAGGAGAGGUGCGGCUUUGGCUGGAAGUCGAAAAGUUAUCUCCAGCAGCUGAGCUGCAUCUAAUCUUCAACCAGAAGGAGAUCUUCAGCUCCCCGAACCGCAAAAUCAAUUUUGACCGAGAGAAAGGCCUGGUGGAAGUGAUCAUGGAGAACUUUUCAGAGGCAGACAAAGGAUCAUAUACAGCUCAGCUCCAAGAUGGAAAAGCUAAAAACCAGAUCACCUUGACUCUGGUGGAUGACGAUUUUGACCAACUUCUGAGGAAGGCAGAUGCUAAGAGAAGAGACUGGAAGAGAAAACAGGGUCCCUAUUUCCAGGAGCCUUUGCAGUGGAAGGUCACUGAGGACUGCCAAGUGCAGCUGACCUGCAAGGUGACCAAUACCAAGAAGGAGACUCGCUUUCAGUGGUUCUUCCAGAGGAUGGAGGUGCCAGAGGGUCAGUAUGACCCGCAGAGUGGAGAAGGACUUCUCUGCUUCGAAGAGUUUUCCAAAAAAGACAAAGGAAUUUACAGAGCGGUGGUUUCUGACGAGCGAGGGGAAGACGACACCAUACUGGACCUCACAGGGGAAGCGCUGGACACAGUCUUCACCGAGCUGGGCAGGAUUGGGGCCCUCUCUGCCACCCCACUGAAAAUCCAGGGUACUGAGGAAGGGAUCCGGAUCUUCAGCAAGGUCAAGUACUACAACGUGGAGUACAUGAAAAGCACAUGGUUCCACAAAGACAAACGCCUCGAGAGUGGUGAUCGGAUAAGGGCAGGCACCACCCUGGAUGACAUCUGGCUCCACAUCCUGGACCCCAAAGACUCAGACAAGGGCAAAUACACUUUGGAAAUAGCUGCCGGGAAGGACGUCCGUCAGCUCUCGACAGAUCUCUCGGGGCAAGCUUUCGAUGACGCCCUCGCUGAACAUCAGAGACUGAAAGCCCUGGCAAUCAUUGAGAAGAAUCGUGCCAAAGUGGUGAGGGGCCUGCCGGACGUGGCCACAAUCAUGGAGGAUAAGACCCUGUGCCUGACCUGUGUCAUCUCUGGAGACCCUACCCCUGAAAUCUCUUGGCUGAAGAAUGACCAGCCCGUCACCUUCCAUGACCGCUACCAAAUGGAAGUGAGGGGAACAGAGGUCACCAUCACCAUUCAGAGGGUCAACAGCGAGGACAGCGGGCGCUAUGGUGUCUUUGUCAAGAACAAGUAUGGUUCUGAGACGGGCCAGGUCACCAUCAGUGUGUUCAAGCACGGAGAAGAGCCCAAGGAGCUGGAGAAGAUGUGACAGUGUCCAGGCACAGCCUGAGGCUGGACUCCAUAGACCAGUGGGGCCAAUUGGGGGGUCACAGCCUGGCAUGGGCCAUGGGGGCAGGGCAAAAAGGAAGGGUACGGGGGGAACCCAGGAUAUGAGGAUGGGAUACAGUGGCCACACCUAAGUGGAGAAGAAAGAUCUUGCUGGGGUCCUGAGAGGCCCCCAGGAGAGCAGGGUGAGCACUGGACUUGGAAUAGGCGACCUAGAUGUAUUUCUGUGUCUACUGGCACUUAGCAGGUCGGGGCAAUGUACAUUGCUAAACGCUGGGACUUCCUUCCAUGCAGAAUUAAUGAGCAGAUUCCAGAUGUCAGCAGUGCUGAUGAGCCCUGCCAUAAACUUAUAUAUGACACCCCUCUUUUAGGAUACUAAAGUUUCAAUUUGUGUAAGUUCAGCAGACAUUCAUUUGAAGUCUAGCAUGGGCUGGGCUGAGGAUGGCACUGGGAAUACAAAGGUAAUUAAUAUGCAGGCCCUGCCCACAAGGAGGUCUCAGUCCAAUAGGAGAGACAGCCUGGGUGCAAAAGACUCCAGGACAAGGCAGGAUAUGAUAAAGAUUAUGAAACAGGUCCAAGUAAGGUGCCACCGGCGGUCAGAGGAGGAAGACAGAGGGUCCUCCCAAAAGGAGGAGGAGGGCUUUAAAACACCUUCACACAAUUGGCAGAAUGAGUGUCGGGCUCUGAAAGUCAGUCUGAUUUGGCAGCGUAAUGGGAGAAGGGCAUUUCAGGAGCAGGGUAUGGUGGUGGCGAAGGCAAAGAGAAGGGUGAGGUGGCGUUGUGUGCCAGGCUUGGAGCCGAUAACCCUCAGGGCUGCUUCUAGGAUGGGGCCUCUGGCCCAAGUGACAGCCACUGAUUGGCCUUGUUUGAUGGAUCUCAGUACUUCUCUGCCCUCCAGUUACCUUCUUUUUAAAAAUAGAAUGGGAAGGGAUUAUAAAAUUUUGAUGCUUGUUGUAAAAUUUUGGAAAACACUAGAAAUGAUAGAGAAAAUAAAACUAAUUUAUACUCCCAACACCGGGAAGUAAUACCUGCCCCUGAUUUCUAAAGGGACUUCUAAACUGAAGGAUAAAAUGAAUCACUCCUGCCCCCACCACCUCUGCACACAUCAGGGCAUACUGGGUGACUAAUAUCCCCCCAGCGUCUCGUGUCCCAGGCUAUGUGGUGUGGUCAGGCCAGGUGUUCAGUAAAACUGGCUAGACUUUGGGGAAACGUGCAGGUCUUGGAGGCAAACUUCUCUGGCCUGAAACACCCCUUUGCCACACACUGUCUGUGUGAUCUUACAUAAUACUUUUCCUUUCUCUGGGCCUCAGUUUCCCACGUGUAAAAUCAGAAGGCUGAAAGAUCAUUUUGAGUGCCCUUCCAGCUGAUACUAUGAUUUUUUAAUACUACCCAGAACUCUGUUCUCCUUUACUUUUCUCUUCCCAGGGAUAUAUAUGUAGGAAAUAAAAAGAAUCCAUUCUAUCCCACCCUCUCAUUUUCACACUUACAGUUUCAGAAGAAAGUCUUGGCUUCUUCUGUGUGUCAAUGAAAAAUGUCACAAAUUUCAAUGAAAUUGGAAAAACCUGUUGGCUCUGAUGAAAAUUGGUGUGAGCGCCCCCUGUUGGUGAAGAUUUCAUUUACGCUCUAAGAAGAAGCUCCAUCAUGGGGCUGGGGUUGCUAUGAGUUUCAUGAUUGGUGACAAGCUAGUUUGGGGGCAGGAGCUGGUCCCUGUUCUGCUACAUUAGCGUUCUUAACAUUUUCUUUCUUUCUUUUUUUUUUUUUUGUAGACUCUGUUUCACUUUAUAGCUCUCAGUAGAGUGCCAUGGCAUCACACAGCUCACAACAACCUCCAACUCCUGGGCUUAAGCAAUUCUCUUGCCUCAGCCUCCCGAGUAGCUGGGACUACAGGCGCCCGCCACAACACCCGGCUAUUUUUUUGUUGCAGUUCGGCCGGGGCCGGGUUUGAACCCGCCACCCUCGGCAUAUGGGGCUGGUGCCUUACCAACUGAGCCCCAGGUGCCGCCCGCGUUCUUAACAUUGUAAUCAUAGACUUUUUUUUUUUUUUUUUUGAGACAGAGUUUUAUUCUGUUGCCCUCAGCAGAGCACUGUGCUGUCACAGCUCACAGCAACCUCAAACUCUUGGGCUCAAGUGAUUCUCUUGCCUCAGCCUCCCAAGCAGCUGGGACUACAGAGACCUGCCACAAUACCCAGCUAUUUUUAGAGACGGGGUCUUGCUCUUGCUCAGUCCGCUCUCAAACUCCUGAGCUCAGGCAAUUUACUCACUUCAGCCUCCCAGAGUCUUAGGAUUACAGGCAUGAGCCACCAUGCCAGGCCCAAUCAUAGGCUUUUUUUAAAUUCCUGCUCUGACAGUUCCAAUAUCCUGGAAUAUCUGAUUCUGGAUAUGAUGCUUGCUCUAUGUCUUCAAACUGUGUUUUUGCCUUUUAGUGUGCCUUGUAAUUUAUUGUUAAAAGGUGACCAUGGCAUCCAGGCAAAGGGAACUGCAGCCAAUAGGCCUUUAGGGAUGGGACGGUGAGGUGCUGAGAGAAGGGAAGUUCUACAGUCUAUAAUUAGGUCUCAGUCUUUCAUGAGCUUGUACCUCAGACUUCACAAGUGCUUCUCAGGUUUUUUCUUUUUUCCCCCCUUUGGUGGGACAGGUUGACUAGAAGCCUGGAGUUGGGUAAUUUCCCUUUUCACAUUUGUGGCAAGACUUUGGUAAAACCUCAUCUGAUUAGGCUCUGAUAAAAUAGUUUCUCCUGAGGUCAGGCUUUGUUAAGAAGAAUAGAAUGUUCAGGUGUAUUUUAAGAUGAUUCUUUGUAUCCUCUUCUGCUAGAAGCCAGAGAGGAUUUUUCUCUGAUCUUCAUUAUAAGAAUUCGGUCCAGCUCCUAGAAGUAAAACUCACAAAAGUGGGUGGUUGGGGGGCCUGUUGACUGGGUCCCCUGGAGUUUUCAUCUGUCAGACUUGACCACAAGGGUGUUAAAAUCUCCAACUAAUAUGGAACUGGAGGAAAUCAAGUUGCUCAUGUCUGUUAGAGUUUCUCUUAUAAAUUGAGGUGCAUUUUG